UCCAGGUAAACAAUGAAAUUGGUUUCAUGUUUUGUUAAUAAAGCAGUACACUUUUUCUUUUCUUUUUAUGCCGAGCAGUUGCUGUUCCACAUUAUUAAACUGCAGUUUUUUGGGUUUUUUUUAACAGAGUUCUUCUAAUUUCAGGGAGCAGGAAGGCAGAAGGAAUGGACUCCAGCACAAGUGCAUCAGACCCGGCACCUGAUUCGGCUGUCGCCUCUCCCGAAAUAGAAGACGCAGAGCAAAACAACAACACGCCUCUUUCAGCAACCAUGAGAGCCAAAAUUGAACGUAACAGGCAGCGUGCACUGAUGUUACGGCAAGCAAGGCUAGCCAGCAGACCCUAUUCUGUAGCCGAAGGAGGCACCUCUGCAAAAAUUCAAAAGACGAUUGACACUGGAGCUGGGUUUUUCAUAGAAGAGGAAGAAGAAGAGCAACAUAAAGUGGAGAAAGUGGUGCACAAGCCAGGACCAGUGCUGGAGUUUGACUACUUGCUGUGUGAGGACUGCAACAAAGCAUUUAUGGACUCCUACCUCAGCAACAGCUUCAAUUUAGCUGUGUGUGACAACUGCAGGGACAAUGAGAACAAGCACAAGCUUAUAACCCGAACAGAAGCCAAGCAGGAGUACCUCCUGAAUGACUGUGAUCUUGACAAGAGGGAACCCAUACUGAAAUUCAUCUUGAGAAAGAACCCUCACAACUCCCACUGGGGUGACAUGAAACUCUACUUGAAGCUUCAGGUUGUAAAACGCUCUCUGGAAGUAUGGGGCAGUGAGGACGCCCUGGAGGAAGCUAAAGAAUCCCGUCAGGAGACCCGAGACAAGCGGAAGCAGAAGCAGUUCGACAAGAAGGUGAAAGAACUUCGCAGAGCUGUGAGAAGUAGCUUGUGGAAAAAGGACUCCAGUUCACACAAGCAUGACUAUGGGCCUGAGGAAGAGAUUGAAGAAGAUACAUAUAAAAAGAUUUGCUUCACAUGCGGUCAUGAAUUAACUUAUGAAAAAAUGUAAAUAUGUAACAAAGAUUGAUGCUAAAAAAAUAAAUAUAUAUUUGUAUGUGAAUGUUGUUAAAUACGUCAAUUAAUAAAUAAGCAUUUGUACUGAA